CCCACUCAGCCGCUAGAUGGAGACGCAGCUUAACGCACUGUUGCCGAACAGGCGAAGAAGAUGCGUCAGCUACGUCACUGCUUCUGUAUUGAAAACGUCUACCAAACGAACCUAAGCAUGUCGUUCGCUUACAGAAUGACGGAACGAGACAUCAGGAAGAUGAUCGAGCUCCGGGCCGCCAACAGCGCCAUCUUCACGGGACAGAGGCACUCGGCCAUGCGGGGCUGGAGGGCCAUCCGACAGGAGCUGGGCCUCGAGGGGAUGGUGUCGGCGCGCCAGCUCAAGAAGAAGUGGGACAACCUGAAGGAGAAAUACCGGAUUCUGAAGAACCCGCCGGCCGGGAUGGAGCGAUCCGGGCGACCCUUGUGGCGCUGGUUCCAGCUGAUGGACCAGGCGUCCACCGGGCGUCUGGCCACCAGCGCCAAGCGGCUGGAGCCGUUGGCGCUGGAUGACAACGACAAUCACGUGCCUCGCUUCACCUUUGACGACUUGGCCCAGCACACGGCUCCGCUUGGCUCGGACGAAGAAGCGGAGGCAUGUGACGAAGACGUCGACACGGCUGUACAGAACCUGUUGAGCGUGGACGUCCCAGAGGUGAACGGUGACGCUAAGAUGGACACGCAGCAGGCCGCCGGCCAGCAGCUUCGCCCCCACGACAUCGCGCUGCUGCACGAAGGCCUCGCCAGGGGCGGCCUCGAGGUGGAAGCAGAGGUGGAGGUACCGUCCUGCGGCAGCCCCUCCGACCACGAGCUGCUACGCGACAGGCAGGACUGGGACCGGGCCGCGCUGGAGCGGGACCGGGUCGCGCUGGACCGGGACCGGGCCGCGUUAGAGCGGGACCGGGCCACGCUGGAAAGGGACCGAGCCGCGCUGGAGCGGGACAGGGUGUGUCUUGAUCGAGACCGGGCCUUACUAGACCGGGACCGAGCUUUCCUGGAGCGGGACCGGGCGCUAGCCGAGCGGGUUCGGGAAGAGGCAGCCCGGGCCCGAUCACUGCUCACGGAUGGCAAGAGGAUGUUGGAGAGCGAGCGGGCGGCCAGGGAAGACAACGAGUUGUCUGGAAAGCAAGGGAUGGUGCCGACUAGUUUCUAUCAGAACUUGAUGGCCAUCGAAGUCAGACCUGAGCAGCUGGAGAGCACGCGGAGACUGGUGUCGUUGUUCAGUAAGCUGGUGGACAAACUUUAGAGGCUCGUCCCAUUUGACCGGAAUGCCUCUGUGAGGCGGUGCCAGCAACCUUUUACUUACCGCUGCGCACAAGUGAAUGGGUAUAAUGUCUAGGCUCCGAAUGGCAGACUUAUUUGACUUAAUGAAUGUCUUAUUUUAAUGCAAAAAACAUGGUCUUAUAUUCGGGCCAAUACGGUAUUUAUUACCUCCCAUUUUGUACAUGUGCAAGCUAAUUCGCAAUUCUGUCUCAACCUGUGUGGAUCAGGAAAUGUACAGUUUUGGGUGUGCGCAACAUUUAUGUAAAAUACAGAACAUGCUUGGAAAGGGGAUAUGGCGUAUGUUGAUGCUUAAUGGCAAUAUCAAUCGGUGAAUAAGGUUGUUGUGGAAUUUGUGCCAGGAAGUUUGACACAUUUUUCUUAUGGUGUAUGUAUAGUCAAUGAAUUUGCAUAUUGCUGUUUACAGAAUGAAUCGGGAGAUGCAAAAAGCAUUACAGGUUCAUAUUCUACAUUUGAAUCAUCACCUUAAUUCUGCAUGGAAUCUGUAAAUGAUCGUCAAAUGCUGUCAAUUUUUGUGUCGUUUGUCUGCACGAGUGUAUUUGUAUUUCUACUGUUGUGCUUCAAUUAUGUAAAUGAAGAUUGAGUCCAAAUCAAAAGGAUUGUAAAUACGAUGGAAACCAGUGCAAGACAAGCUGAUUAAAAGCUGGCAAAUAUUUGACGUUAAACAA